GUGCAGCGCCAGCGAGCACGACAGAUAAUUAUUACUAUUAUCGCCGCCGCCGCCGCCGUAGUCCGGACAAUCGCCGCCGCACGCGCGCGCCUACUUGCCGGCCGGUACCCGUCGUGCCCCGUCGACAGCCGUCGCCCGGACGCGCGCACGCGCAUACACCGCCGCCGCCGCAAAACGGACCCGAGCGAAAGGGUCUGUCCGACCGGCGAACGCUCUUCAGUCGUUGGACUACGCGCAACUCUUCCGGGUGUCGAGUGAAUCGGAACCGCUCUCCGAGCACUCUUCUUCGCCGCCGCCACCGCCGCGGACUUAACUGAUUUUUUUGACUCUUGCGUUCACAUGACUAUUUUUCGCACAGUGCGUUUUCCGCGAUUUGUUUUGUUUAUACUUAAAUUAUUUUGCGUUCGUAUUUUGAUUUUGUGAAAAACUUUUCCGAAACGAUAAGAAUAUUAAAAAAAAAAAAAAAAAUCACUCGUAAGAUUGCGAUUUGUCGCCAGAAAAAAAAGAAGAAAAAACGAAAAACUUCAACCAUGGCUGUACCGUUCAGAAUGGAACCCGAUCCUGAAGUUAUGAGGCGUCAUUAUUUGCGAAUCCAAGAUCUGCUCAUACAACUGAUGGUACAGCUCAGGCAAUUGCCCUCUGUAAUGAUCGGUAAUUCGGCAAGACCUUCUGUCAUAAACUACCAUGAUCUGAGCCCACAGCCGGAUCCGUUGGAAGAGCGCCGCCGUCCUUGGAUACAGCAACGACAAAGUUCGGAGCACCGCCGACGUAUGCGCGAGGAACAGCAACGGAGCGAGGAACAGCCACCGUUGCUGCCCGACUUGGUCGCGUCGUGCUCGCAGUCGGCUGGUCCAUCGCAUUCGGCUGGUCCAUCGCAUUCGGUUGGUCCAUCGCAUUCGGCUGGUCCAUCGCAUUUGGCUGGUCCAUCACAUUCGGCUGGUCCAUCGCAUUCGGCUGGUCCAUCGCAUUCGGCUGGUCCAUCGCAUUUGGCUGGUCCAUCGCAUUCGGCUGGUCCAUCGCAGUCGGCUGGUCCAUUGCAGUCGGCUGGUCCAUCGCAGUCGGCUAGUCCACCGCAGUCGGAUAGUUCCCUGCAGUCGGAUAGUCCACCGCAGUCGGAUAAUCCACCGCCGCAGCAGCAAUUGCAGGCGCAGCAACAAACCGCGGUCGAAGGCGAGGACAAGAUUGCCGGGGCCGUCAAGCUGCAGGUGGCCGUGUGCCCGACCUGCUAUUAUGGCAAAGAGCGCAAGCUGAAGGUGAUCGCAAUCGCCAAGCUGGACGAGAACGGCAAUCCGAUCCGCUGGACCAACCGCGACGACGAAGAACCGGUGGUUUUCGAGAAUAAGAGUUCAAAAGUAAAACGGCGAAUCAUGUCGCUGCUUCAGCCAUCGCACAUCGAAUCGUCCGUACUCACAGCCAUGUUCGUAAUCAUCGGCUGGAAAAUGUUCAUCAAACAAUAAUGUAAUUUUGUUUUAAGAAUUAGAGAGAGAGAGAGAUAGAGAAAAAAAACAAUUUUUUUCCACGCCUAUAUAAAAAGACUCCAAAACAUGGUUCCAGUCACGGUUUUUAGUGACUAAAACAAAUUUUAAUUUUAAUGCUAAUCAAAUCGACCGUUGAUCUCAAUUUACAAAAAUGUGAGAUGAUCGUAACCGUAGCCAAAUGUAGUAUUAAUUUAUACUAUAUUAUAAUAAUAUAACCUAUAUCUUUACUUUAGUUCAUUAUGAUUAUUAUUAUUAUUAUUAUUAUUAUUAUUAUUUGAUAUUGUCAUCGACUUGAACGCGCGUGUUGGCUUACUCUGCAGCGGCUGCUGCUUUCGGGCGUACCAGCUUCUUGUCGGUUAUUAUUAUUAAAUAUUUUUUUUUUAACAUCAACAUUAUCUUAUUAUAAGUAUAUAUCUAUUUUUUUUAUUUUUUUUUUUUUUUUGUAAUUAAUUUCUAUUUCUAUCCUUCAUCUGUUGUAUUUUUAUGUCGUUUCACAUGGAAUUCUGCGGUUUCAGUCCCAGACCAGUUCACGUUUUGAUCUCGUUUUUUUAAAACUAUAGCUUCAGAACGGCAUUACCACCGCGGCGGGGUCUUCCCUGCCGCGGCGGUUUUGAAUUAGUACGAAAUGCUAUAUUGUAUUAAUUUUUUUUUAUAUUUUUGCUCACUGUAAAUAUGCGUUUAUAUCUUUUUAUUUAUAUACCCACACACUCGCGCCGCGUCAUUAUUAUUAAUAAUUUAUGUUUUUGAAUUCCGUCCGUUCACCGUCGUGGACGCCGUAAAUUUGGUUAUCAUCAUCAAACAGCUAAAGAAAAAAAAUUGAAUUCUCUGUGGACGUUUUUUCUCUUGUUUCUAUUCGUUCUACUAAUAUAAUUAUGGUAUAGGUCAUAAUAUGAGGUGGUAUAGUAUACCAGCUGGUAUAUUAUAUUAUAUUUUGGCGAACGUCGAGAUCCAGUUCUGACAUAAUAAUAUAUUAUGUAUACAUCACUAUACAAAAACGACGACUAUAUAAUAUUAAAAUAUAAUUCAUACACUUUGACACUUUGUGCGUCGAGGAAUCAUAAAAAAAAAUAUCGAUAUUAUGAUCGCUUUGUAAAUAAAUUAAUCUUAAUAUAUUAGAAUACGCUUGUUGCGCGCGCAUCAGGUUAUUAUAACUACCUAUAUAUAAUAUAAUAUUUAUAGCAUGUAUUUAUUUAUUUUUUGGGUUUUCUUAUUUUUUACAUUUUUUAUUAUUUUGAAAAGCAUUUCUGUGGUGUUAAAUAAAACUUGGACGCCGUCGGGGCCUUUCAUAUGCUUCGAGCUUAAACCAUUCUUUGCGAAUUUCCUCCCGGCGACGAUCCUCGUUUCGCCCAUCAAAGCAAUUUCUGUGAUAAUGCCAUUAUUUUUUUUUUAUCUAUUGAAUUAUAUAUUUAUCUAAUAAAUCUAUGGCAUUUCUUGUGUUUUCUACGGUUCCUUAUAACGAAUCGUAAUAUAUAUAACAUAUUAUGUAAUUUGUAAAUUAUUGUAGGUAUUGAUAAGGUUUUGUUUUUUAAAAAUUAUUAUUAUUAUUAGUAGGCUGAUCUCUUUUUGUAGUAUUUAAGUAGAUAGUGUUCUUAGCGAUUAGUUUAAUUUUAGUAUUAAUUAUUAGAUAAUAUUAUUACACUUUAGAUUUAAUGAUGUUGAUGUUAAAUAUUGUUAAAAUGGUCAUCUCUCUCUUCGAUUCACAAAAUAAAAACAAAAAUAAUUAUUAUGAUAAUAUGUACCUACUUGGCGCGCAAGAGUGUUUAAAUCAUAAUGAUUAAAAAAAAAAAAAAAUUGUAAAAA